UGGGGGAGCAUGCAAUACCACAGCAAAUCACUCCACUCCUCCACUCAUACACCACCACACUGCACACACACCCAACAAAGAUGAAGCUUACCAUGAAGCUUUCCAUCGCCCUGGCCUGCUUCCUCUUCUUCCUCGCGGCGGCGACCACCGCCUCCGCGCAGUGCACGUUCGAGAUCCUCGUCAAGACCGACGGCCGGAGGAACGCCGGCACCGACGCCCGCGUCUCGCUGCAGGUGCGCGCCGCCAGCGGGCCGACGCUGACGAUCACCAACCUGGAGUCGUGGGGCCAGAUGGCCGCCGGCCACGACUACUUCGAGAAGGGGAACCUCGACCGGUUCAGGGGCGCCGGCGCCUGCAUGCCGUCGGAGCCCUGCAACAUGGUGCUCACCUCCGACGGGUCCGGCAACAAGCCCGGGUGGUACGUGAGCUACGUGAUGGUGACGCAGCUCGGGCAGGGGAGCCUCCCGUCGAUGACGCACCGGUGGGCGGUGGAUCAGUGGCUGGCCAUUGACGAGGCACCGCACAUGCUCACCGCCGAGCGGAGGGGCUGCGGCAUUGGCGCAGCGGCGCCAUGAUCAUCGAGGUAGCUGCCUAUAGCUCCAUCGACCAGUGUUGUCUCUGCGUGCAUCAGCAUGCUAGUAACUUAAAUUAAUAAUAAGUUCCAGGUCUAAGCCCUGUACUAUGUGUGGGGCACAGUGUCUGCUUUGCCAAUGUAACGUGAUCAUAAUAAGUCAAUUCAAUUCAGAGAGUGAAUUGCAGUUUGUGCCAUCUUUCGUUAACAAA